AGGCGGCAACACCGAAGCCUCCCGUCGCCUCUUCCAAGACAACCUGCGCUCAGGACUCAACGUUCACGCCGUAAAGGAGGCGAGCACCCCUUUAGACUUCCAGCGCUGCGCCUCAAGAAUCCGGACCGGCUGUUGUUUCCUGAUUAAGCGCUGAUUGUGAAGCGCCAAGACUCACCGUCACAAGUCUGGGAUUGUCAGAGGAGGCCUCCUACCUCCUGCUCCUGAGCCAUUUAUCACUGAAGAAAGCACCAACAAUGUGACCACUGGAUCCAGUCAGAACCAUGUGGACUGCUACUAUGGAUCUGAGAACCGGCACACACUGAACCGACACUCAUCCAGCCACAAUGGUCCCCCUUCUGUUUCUGGUGACUGACGCACAAAAUUCCACUGGCAAUGGCAACAAUACUAAAGACGCCACAUCCCCCAGUCACCAUAUCCUUUCCACUGUGCUGGUUGGGUUCCUGCUGCUGCUCAUCAUCAUACUGCUGCUCUGGUACUUCCUCAGGUUAAAAAACCAGAGAAAAGCAGUCGUCACAACAGUUGACAAGAAAAUACCAAAUGGCAUCUUGGAAGAACAAGAGCAACAGACGGUGGUCCUUCUGCCCAGAUCCCCCUCAGCAUCCAAGACCUACUUACCCAUCCCGGUCGAUCACCUCGAGGAGGAAUACAGGCUUCGCUCAGCCGAUGACGGAAAGCUCUUCAGGGAGGAGUACAAUUCUUUGCCAGGGGGCAACCCUCAAGGAGUGUACGAGGAGGCCAACAAGGAUGAGAACAAGGAGAAGAACAGAUACCCCAACAUCCUUCCCUAUGAUCAUUCCAGAGUGGUUCUGACCCAGUUUGAUGGGAAGCCGUGUUCGGACUACGUGAACGCAUCUUAUGUUGAUGGAUAUACUGAAAAGAACAAAUUUAUAGCUGCGCAAGGUCCAAAAGAAGACACGGUUGCAGAUUUCUGGAGGAUGAUAUGGGAGCAGAAAGUAGCAACUGUUGUCAUGCUGACAAAUCUGAAAGAGAGAAAAGAGGACAAAUGUCACCAGUACUGGCCAGAUCAGGGCUGUUGGACGUAUGGGAAUGUGAGGGUAGCAGUCGAAGACUUCACAGUCCUGGUGGACUACACAAUUCGCAAGUUCUGUGUACAAUAUCAAGCCAGUGAUGCUGCCAAAACUCCUCGUCUAGUCACCCAGCUCCACUUCACCAGCUGGCCUGAUUUUGGAGUUCCCUUCUCCCCGAUUGGCAUGCUCAAGUUCCUCAAAAAGGUCAAGGCAGUGAAUCCACCCUUUUCUGGACCUAUUGUGGUCCACUGCAGUGCUGGUGUUGGAAGGACAGGAACCUUCAUAGUAAUAGAUGCCAUGAUCGACAUGAUGCACAAAGAACAAAAAGUUGACGUGUUUGGUUUUGUCUCAAAAAUACGAGAGCAGCGCUCCCAGCUCAUCCAAACAGAUAUGCAGUACUCAUUCAUCUACCAAGCCCUACUUGAAUACUACCUCUACGGAGACACCGAGCUGGAUGUGUCGUCUCUGGAAGGACAUCUUCACAAACUGCACAACACCUUUGCUGAUGGUGAUCGAGUGGGCCUGGAGGAAGAGUUUAAGAAACUGACCAACAUGCGAAUAAUGAAGGAGAACAUGAGGACUGGAAACCUCCCUGCCAACAUGAAGAAGAACAGAGUUCUACAAAUUAUUCCAUAUGACUUCAACAGAGUAAUUCUCUCCAUGAGAAGAGGACAAGAGUUCACAGAUUACAUCAAUGCAUCAUUUAUAGAUGGAUACAGACAGAAAGACUACUACAUUGCCACACAGGGUCCUCUGUCUCACACAGUGGUGGAUUUCUGGAGGAUGGUUUGGGAAUGGAAAUGCCACUCUAUUGUAAUGCUCACUGAACUCCAGGAGAGGGAGCAGGACAAAUGUUACCAGUACUGGCCCACAGAGGACUCAGUCACCUAUGGAGACUACACUGUAGAGCUGAAGGGAGAUGUAUUGUGUGAAACCUUCAGUCUAAGAGACCUGGUACUCACCUAUGUUCCGGAGAAGCAGACGAGGGCGAUCAGGCACUUCCACUUCCACGGUUGGCCAGAGAUCGGCAUCCCGGCAGAGGGGAAAGGCAUGAUCGACAUCAUCGCCUCAGUGCAGAGACAGCAGCAGCAGUCUGGGAACCAUCCCAUAGUCGUACACUGCAGUGCUGGUGCAGGGCGAACAGGUACGUUCAUUGCUCUGAGCAACAUCUUGGAGCGAGUCAAGGCAGAAGGCCUGCUAGACGUGUUCCAGACUGUGAAGAGUUUACGCAUGCAGAGGCCUCAUAUGGUCCAAACGGUUGAACAGUACGACUUCUGCUACAGGGUGGUACAAGAUUUUGUCGACAUUUUCUCAGACUAUGCCAAUUUUAAAUGA